AUGGCAAUCCGCGAUGACCUCGUCGCGUCUGCAGUGCAAUUUCUGCAAGACCCGAGCGUCGCUUCCUCAUCAGUCGAGAAUCGCAUUUCGUUUCUACGGAGCAAGAAUCUAACUCAGGAAGAGAUUGAUGUCGCGCUGGCCAGAACUGGGGGAAACGCGCCCCCUUCACCACCCUCCAAUACGCCUCCGUAUCCCUCCAGCCCUCCCGCUCAAUAUUAUCAACCCUAUCCUCCUAAUGCCUGGCAACCACAACCUCCUGCCCCUCUUCGGCGGGACUGGAGAGACUGGUUCAUCAUGGCUACUGUCGUAGGUGGCGUUAGCUACGGCAUUUACUCAUUGGGCAAGCGCUAUGUGAUGCCUCUGGUCGCACCACCGACGCCAGAGAAGCUGGAGCAGGAUAAGAAAUCGAUCGAAGAGCAAUUUGAGAGGUCAUUUGCGCUUGUCGAGCAACUUGCCAAGGACACGGAGGAGCUGAAGAGCGCCGAAAAGGAGAGGACGGAGAGACUGGAUAAGGCGAUCGGUGAUCUGGAAUCCGUCAUGUCAGACCUGAAGUCAGCCAACCGACGACGCGAAGACGAUGCUCAGCGCGUCAGGGAUGAGAUCCAAGCGCUCAAGGAUGCCAUUCCCAAGGCUCUCAGCAACCAGAAGGAAAUGGCCGAGAAACGACUGCGCGAGAUCAACGGCGAAUUAACCAGUCUCAAGACCCUUGUGUCUCAGCGUAUGACGGCCAACACUGCCGGCUCACCAUCCACCACCGUCAACCCUCUGCGCACACCCGCCGCUCCUACAACCCCAGCAACUACUAUGCCUGCGGCUACAGGUAACACCCUGGGCAGCUCCAGCGCAUCCGCAGGAGAGAGUGCAGCAGCUGGUUCCUCGUCAACUCCUACCACCGAGGCCCCUAAGGCUACUCCCGCCCGUGCUACCGGUUUGACAAAUGGAAAGCCAGCUGGAAAGGCGUCCAUUCCGGCAUGGCAGAUGGCUCUGUCCAACCAGAACGAUGAUGCUAGCGGGUCCAAGGACAACCAGGCUGCAUCAUCUUCGUAG